CUUUUUAUGCAGACGAAUAGGAGAACAUCUCCUCGAAAUUUAAAUUAACUCAUGGCCCCGAAUAGGCGAAGGUACAUAUAGCUAAAAGACGCUGAGUCUCAUGGGUCAUCUAUUUCAUGAGCUGGCUGGAUCUUGUAAGGCGACACCGUGUAAAGAGGAGUGCGUGGCUCUAAGUAACGGAAAACCAUUCUGCAUAAAUGGCAAAUGUCCUACAUCCUGGCAGAUAAACGGAGAGAAGAAAUAUUGUUUUGUUAACAAUUCUCUAAAUUGGCAGGCUGCCAAGGAUAGCUGCACUUGGAUGGAAUCACAUCUUCUGGAAAUAGAGAGUGAGGACGAACAAACCUGGAUUCAAAUCAAAACCUCCGGGAAUAGAUGGUGGAUGGGGGGAACAGACGAGGAGUCGGAGGGCACGUUCCACUGGAAAUAUUCAAAGACGACAUUGAAUUACACAAACUGGUUGAAAGGUGAACCUAACGGGGGUACAGCAGAAAAUUGCCUCGAAAUGCGUCCUGAGGGUCUUUGGAAUGACAAACCUUGUUAUUAUUCUAUUUACUACAUUUGUGAAAAAAGAUAAAAUAAUAAGAGACUUUUCAAUGUUGUACAUGUA